AUAUUCAUGUCUGCGUCUACUACCAAUUCCUCUGUAUUCAUUCUUACAGGGUUUCCUGGCCUGGACCAGUACUAUCCCUGGUUUUCAAUUCCCUUCUCCUCCAUCUAUGCUAUGGUUUUCCUGGGAAACUGUCUGGUGCUGCAUGUGAUUCGGACUGAACCAAGCCUACAUGAGCCCAUGUUCUACUUCCUGGCCUUGCUGGCCCUCACUGACCUGUGCAUUGGGCUGUCCACAGUGCACACAGUGCUGGGGAUCCUGUGGGGGCUCAGCCAGGAAAUCAGCCUGGAUGCCUGCAUUGCACAGACUUAUUUUGUCCAUAGUCUCUCCUGCACAGAGUCUGGAGUCCUUCUUGCCAUGGCUUUUGAUCGCUUUACUGCAAUCUGCAUUCCUCUGAGAUACACAUCCAUCCUGACUAAUAGUAGAGUCAUUCAGUUCAUGGCGACCAUUGUCCUGAGAAGCGCUGUGUCCAUUCUUCCUGGCAUCAUUCGUCUGAAGUUCUUCCAUUACUGCCGCCCUCAUGUCCUCUCCCACUCUUUCUGCUUGCACCAGGACCUGCUCAGGCUAGCCUGUUCUGACAUCCGCUUCAACAGCUUCUAUGCUCUGGCUCUGGUGAUCUGUACCCUGCUGUUGGAUGCUGUCCUUAUUCUCAUCUCCUAUGUUUUCAUCUUGUAUACAGUGCUGGCAAUUGCAUCUCGGGAAGAGAGGCUCAAGUCUUUGCAGACCUGUGUUUCCCACCUCUGUGCUGUCCUGGUUUUCUAUAUUCCCAUCAUUGGUCUCACCAUGGUUCACCGCUUUGGGAAGCACCUCUCGCCUUUGGUUCAUGUUCUUAUGGGCAACAUUUAUAUUCUCUUUCCACCCCUGAUGAAUCCAAUCAUCUACAGUGUCAAGACACAGCAGAUUCGAAGCAGGAUGAAGAAGUGGUUUUCUUUGAAAAUGUAG